UAUAUCCAUAUUCAAUUAGAAUAAAUAUGGACUACUAGCAUUUUUUUUUUUUUUUAGCGCUAGAAAAUUUCUACACUGACCAUGUAAGUUCAUGACAAGAUAUGAGCUUCCUUUUAGUUCCCUGCCUAUGAAGACCUGCAUCCUGAUGCAAAUCCUUCUCCAGCAGAACCUAAAGGGAGAGAAAAGAGAAUCUAGAGGGUGUAUUCUAGAAGAAGCAAGAAAGUUGUGGAAGGAGGCCAGCUCAGCUUAAUUCCGUUGGAGUGAUUCUCAGGAGUAUGCGAUGCAGCAGCUAGGAAAGAUUGUAUUGAGAGAAUAGAGUUGAGUGGGGGUCAUAACUAUUUUGUGGCUAUUUUCUUCCAGCUAAUAGAUAGCUUGGGGGCAGUGUGAUUACUGCUGGGGUGGGAGAAAGAUCUUGUAUCCAUUUUCACCUGUAUUUUGAAUAUUGAUAAAUGAAAUUCGUCCAUUCUCAUUGCUGCUGCAAUACUCUGUCAUUGUCUCUGUUCCUAACUUGUUUUUCAGCACUUUUUGAUUCCUUACUCUUUAUCACAUCUGUUGAAGAAGAAUAUGAAGCUACUGAAGGUGAAGUUCUACUUGAUAAUGAAGAUAAUGAUGGCUGGCGGGUGAGUCAUUGGAAACCAAAAGGGAAUUUGCUAGUCUUGGGUGAUGAAGGUGUAACUGUUUUCUCAGAUGUUGAACAUGUUAUCAUGAAAAGCUUACAAAGUGUAGGAAAGAAGAGCUUCCCAUGUCUAAUCCUCAAUUUUGAUAAUUCAUUGCUAAAAAGAUGUGAUCAGUCAGAAUUUGCUGCAACUGGGCAAGCUACUUCCCAACUUGCAAAAGGUUCCAAGAUCCAAAUAUCUAAUUCUUCUGUGGUGCAGUUUGAUUUGUAA